AUGUUGUACCUCGUGGGACUCGGCUUGGCCGACGAAACUGACAUUACUGUCAAGGGUCUGGAGAUUGUCAAAAAGGCGGAAAGAGUCUACCUUGAGGCAUACACCAGUAUUCUACUUGUGGAUAAAGAGAAGCUAGAAGCUUUCUAUGGACGUCCUGUUAUCGUAGCAGACAGAGAACUAGUCGAAAGCGGCAGCGAUGAUAUCCUCGCAGGAGCCGACAAGACCGAUGUGGCCUUCCUAGUGGUUGGCGAUCCAUUUGGCGCCACCACCCACACCGAUUUAGUCCUUCGAGCCCGCGAGUUGGGCAUCGAGUCCAGGGUCAUUCCAAACGCAUCGAUCAUGUCCGGUAUUGGUUGCACGGGUCUGCAGCUUUACAACUUCGGACAGACUGUGAGCAUGGUAUUCUUCACUGAAAACUGGAAACCAUCGUCCUACUACGACCGAGUUAAGGAAAACGUGCAGCUGGGCCUCCAUACAUUGGUGCUUGUGGAUAUCAAGGUCAAGGAGCCAUCGUGGGAAAACCUAGCAAGAGGCCGGAUGAUCUACGAGCCCCCAAGAUACAUGACGGUCGCACAGUGUGCCAGUCAGAUGCUGGAGACCGAGGAGGAGCGAAAGGAGGGUGCCUUCGGACCCGACAGCCUUGCCGUUGGAGCUGCAAGAGUUGGAGCUGCCGAUCAGAAAUUGGUUGCAGGAACCUUGAAGGAACUGACAGACGUGGAUAUGGGACCACCGCUCCACAGUCUGGUGCUGCUUGGAAGAAAGACGCACGACUUGGAGAGAGACUACAUUAGACAGUUUGCGGUGGACACAGCAACUUUUGAUGCCCAGUGGGCAAAAGGUUACGGGGCCAGCUCAUAAGCACAAGACCCCUUGCUUCUAUGAGUACAAAAUGUGCAUAUAGCAUUUCAUGCCAAUAUUUAUGAUAAAACGAAGAAAAGUUCUGAU